UCACUAUUGACAACAUCAGAAUCCCACGUUUUUGUCAACAGGCGGCGACACAGAACCUCUGGACAUGCGCGGAUCACUUUUUAGAGAUCCUGAGACCAUUACGCAUCUUCCGAAGUAAUUUUUGUCGACCCAAAUGUUAUGAAUAUCAAAUACACGAUAGUGCCUUGCCCCCUCUCACGAAAUUAUGACACAGACCGCGUCGAAUACGCCAGAAGACCAAAAAAUAUAUGAUAUACCUUUAGACGAGGACGACGUGCCAAAAUCGAAUGGACAUCACGACGAGAAUACGGCGGAAGGGGAGCCUCCCAGCAAGAGGCGUCGAGUCAGCGAGAGCGUGCCGCCUUCGAAACGGAAACCCGAAUCGCCACCUUGGAAGAAAGCCGUUGCAGAGGGGCCUUCUUCAUUCACACAAAAUGGCAGAAGGAAAUCGGGGCGCGUGAACGAUAUACCCCUCGAGCUACAACCGCCGUCGAACAAGAGACAAACAAGAGGCGCGGUUCAGAAAACCUACUCGGCCAAAAGCAAAAAUGUUAACGUGAACGGACACACCACACCGUUUCAGGGACGGAAAAUACCUGCUACGUUAGUCACUGGAUCCAAGAAACCUGCCGCUGCUACGAAUUCUUCCCAGCAAUCUCUGAGAUCCCCAGCCAAACCAACAUCUCCCAAGCGGCCCUAUCGAAAGUCUAUGCCUAGCGAACAACCAGCGACUCCUGUGCGCUCGAAUGCCAAGUCAUCUACGCCGAAGAAUCCCCAAUCAGCCCCUCCAGUACCAGCUCGUCAACCUAAAGCUCGACGUUCAGGCAGGGUUACCGAGAUAGUUGACGAUGAGGAGCAACCACGUCCACAGCUACCCAAACUUGACAGCCCACAUGCUCCAAGUCCCAAGUCGGCGCUUGCUAGAAUCAAAUUUCGUGUCAAACCUCCAUCUUUACCACUGAUUCAUCCGGGGUUAGUUUUGCCCCGACCGCGACAAUACGCCACUUUAGAAGAGUUCUUCGAAAAGGGUGCAGACUUACACGUCGACCAGGGUGGUCUUUUCCACCCAGAUGAGCCGCCGGAGUAUACUCCUGAGCAAUUAGCGAUCGAUGUCAAUGUUAUUCUGCGUGCAGAGAAGGCUGCAGAGCCUGGUGGAGUUCUGAGUCCCGGUAUAAGCACUGCCUACCAACCCGAGGAGUCGGAGCCGAUUCCACCACAAUAUGCCCAUCAGGACCACAUGGUUAGAGCGACUUUAGAAUUCCGGAGGUUGAUGCAGAUAGAACAAAGAAAGCAUCGAGCAGCAGCCAAGCGACUAGCAGAAGCAUGCCGGGAUGAAUAUCGACGAAGGCAGCCAAAGACGGCCGAGCAACUGGUGGCUGAAGAAAGGGAGGCUAAUAAAGCCCGCUACAUGGUCGUAGCGAAAACACUGAAAGCUACCUGGGACAAUGUGAGAGCCGAAGUGAAUCGGCGACGUCUUUUGGAAUGGGAAGUGCAAGAGCAAGCGCGGGUGCGGAAGGCUUUGAGCGAGGCUGUUGAUAUUUCAACGCAGAAGUUACAGGCCCGGAGAGCCCACACGGAAACAGAUGACGACUCAGAGGUGUCUGACGAGGAUGAGAACUCCGCAUCCGGCGAAGAUGCGGACUCCGAUGGUGAAGAUAGGGAAAGCAAUAUAUCUUCUACAGACUCCGAGGUUGAUGAAGAUCAACCGAAAGCUGAUGUGGCAGACGAUGAGCACCUUACCGUUGAACAGCUCCGAGAGAAAUAUGCCGCAUUGGAAAACGUUGCCAAGGAAUCUCAGGAUGAAGCUAUGGCCGAAGAGGACGAUGAACCAAACACCGAUGUCGACCAGUACAGCAACGAUGGAGUGCAGGAGACUUUUGACGAUAGUGACGAAUCUAUCGACAUGGACGAUGACAUGGGCUCAAGCGAUGAAGAUCGAGACAGUGAUGAGGACGAGGAUAUGGACAGCGAGGCAGACGAAGACGACAGCACAGCGCGAGGCAUGCUUGGAUUCCUAGCACCUUCUGAAUUGAAAGAUAUUGAGCUUGGUCAAGUAGUGCCAGAAUCUAACGGCAAUGGCGAAGACGAAAACAUGGACGAAGAAGAUGAAGUCUCUCUGGUACCAGAUGGCCUUGGCCCGACCACGCCGAUGCCAACUGUUAAUGAGGAAGUUGCUCAACACGAAGGCGAGACCGGUGACGCCGAAUCUACGGAUAAAUUACUCUCAGCUAGCUCAGAACAUCCUGACAUCGAGGAGAUUGAAAUGAACGAGGAUAUCGAGACUGCCCCGCCUGAGAAUGCUCCAUCACCGUCAAAACAGAAUGCCCUGGAAGUGUUUAGUCCUGAUCACAGCAGUCAGCCCACACCCAGGACGACGGAGACCAAACCCUCUGAAGCGGACUCUGCUUCAUCUGUAGAUGCUCAGCAAGUCAGUCGACAAGUUACUCAAAGUGCUACACCGCAGCCAGCCAAUCAAUUGAAAACGCCCGUGCCUUUUCUUCUUCGAGGUACUCUUCGAGAGUAUCAGCACUAUGGGCUGGACUGGCUUGCUGGCCUCUAUGCCAACAAUACCAAUGGAAUUUUAGCAGAUGAAAUGGGUCUGGGAAAGACGAUCCAGACGAUAGCUCUUCUAGCUCAUCUUGCUUGUGAGCAUGAGGCAUGGGGUCCGCAUUUGGUCAUAGUCCCAACAAGUGUCAUUCUGAACUGGGAGAUGGAGUUCAAGAAGUGGUGUCCGGGUUUCAAGAUCUUGACUUAUUAUGGAACCCAAGAAGAACGGAAGAGAAAGCGACUUGGAUGGAAAACCGAAGAUGCAUGGAACGUAUGCAUCACAUCAUAUCAGAUCAUUAUUCAUGAUCAGCAGGUGUUCAAGCGUAGACGAUGGCACUAUAUGAUCCUGGACGAAGCACACAACAUCAAGAACUUCAAUUCUCAACGGUGGCAAGUUAUGCUUACAUUCAAUACCCGAGCACGUCUCCUUUUAACAGGAACACCUCUUCAAAACAACUUGAACGAACUUUGGUCUUUACUUUAUUUCCUGAUGCCUCCAGACGGAACCACACAAGGAGUUGGAGGUUUUGCGGAUCUGAAAGAGUUUCAAGAUUGGUUCAAGAAGCCAUCAGAGCAAAUCCUUGAGCACGGUCGAGAGCAUAUGGAUGAUGAAGCACGAGAAAUCAUCAGCAAGCUCCACAGACUUCUUCGACCCUACCUGCUCAGGCGGUUGAAAGCAGAUGUCGAAAAGCAAAUGCCAGCUAAAUAUGAGCACGUCGAGUUUUGUCGCCUUUCCAAGAGGCAGAGAGAGCUCUACGAUGGCUUCCUUAGCCGUGGAGACACGAGAGAAACCCUUGCCGGAGGCAACUACCUUUCCAUCAUCAAUUGUUUGAUGCAACUAAGGAAGGUUUGCAAUCAUCCAGAUUUGUUUGUUGACCGUCCUAUCAUGACCUCCUUUCCAAUGGAGAAAUCGGCCAUUGCAGAUUUCGAAAUCAAAGAAUUGCUAGUACGGAGGCGCCUUCUUCGAGAGGACCCCAUGACAAAGGCUAGCCUCGAGUUUCUCAAUCUAGUUCCAACGAAGCAUGAGCGCUUUUCGGCUUCCAUGACGGUGAAGAGUGCACAAUAUUCACUUACACAUCUCGAUCCGACGACUGCCAAGUCUAAUCUAGUCUACUUAGAAAGCGCUUCCAGGUGGGGACGAUUCGAAGAGCUUCAGCACACCGUUUAUUUGAACGCGCUCCGACGACAACAGAAACCUAUGUACGGUACUCAGCUGAUUGAACGACUCACACUCGGGGUCAACGACCGUCCUUUACGACCACAGCCAAAGCGGAGAGAUCAGAUGUUGACUUGGUUGGAAACUAGAUCUCCAACCCUAAUGGCAAUGGUCCCAACAAUUUCUUCCAGAUCGGAAGCUCUGAACAGUACAAUCCGAAAAUUCGCCUGUGUCACCCCUCCGGUCAUCGCGAGGGACAUGAGUACACUGAUACUUGGACCGAAAGGAGUUCAGACGGUACAACAGUCUGUUGAUAAGUCCGUAAUCGAUCCAUUUCACGAGGCUCGUAUGAGAUUGUCCAUCCAAUUCCCUGACAAGCGAUUACUUCAGUACGACUGUGGUAAGCUCCAGACUUUAGACAAGCUUCUUCGCAAGCUCCAAGCUGGCGGCCACCGGGCACUUAUCUUUACUCAAAUGACAAAAGUCUUGGACAUCCUCGAGCAGUUCCUCAAUAUCCACGGCCACAAGUACCUUCGCCUUGACGGAAAUACCAAAGUCGAACAGAGGCAGAUUCUGACAGAUCGUUUCAAUAAUGAUACUCGCAUCCUUGCCUUCAUUCUGUCUAGCAGAUCUGGAGGUUUAGGUAUCAAUCUGACUGGAGCUGACACUGUAAUUUUCUAUGAUCUCGAUUGGAAUCCGGCUAUGGAUAAGCAAUGUCAAGAUCGUUGUCAUCGUAUCGGGCAAACUCGAGAUGUACAUAUAUAUCGAUUGGUCUCAGAACACACUAUUGAAGCCAAUAUUUUGCGGAAGGCAAACCAGAAGCGAAUGUUGGACGAUGUCGUUAUUCAAGAAGGAGAAUUCACGACGGACUACUUCAACAAAGUUGCUGUUCGUGAUGUCCUUGCAGCGGAAAGCGAUCCCAUGGACGGUGACGCGGUUGCCAAUGCUGCUAUGGAUCGAGUCCUUGGUGGCCCUUCCAACGAUACUGAAAUGUCACGAGUUCUUGCGCAAGCUGAAGACCGUGAGGACGUUGCAGCUGCAAAGGUGGCUGAGCGUGAGAUUGUGCAGACUGAUGCAGCAGAUUUUGACGAAAACGCUGCGACGGCCACUGCAACUCCUGCCGGCAUUGAGACACCACAAGAAGCAGAUGCCCAAGGGCCAACCGAGGAGGCCAUUGAUGUUAACGACGUGCUUGAAAUUAAGGAGGAGGAUGAGCUAAACGCAUGGGGUCAACCUGUUCACUCUACCGACGACUUCAUGUUGAACUUCAUGACUGCUCAGCUCAAGGACACUCCAAUCGAGUUACCCAGGGACAAGAGCAAGAGUAAAAAAGGAAGAGACCACCGAUCUCAUAGAGCAAGAUGAUUACUGUCCGAAGCUUUGUAAACUAUUAUUUUACUUUCAGCGAGCAUGUUUGAUUAGACGGUUUAUGUGUAAAUAAGCAUGGGACGAAAAGGCGUGAGGACCGGCAUCGCAUCACGGGAGUUUUGCUGCAUGGUUUUGCUGAUCGGUUUCUUGGACACUCUGGUAAGAAAAAUGAGACGGUGUAGAAUACUAAUUGCCAGAUUACAUAUGGCUUGUCAAAACAAUGUCGGGCCUCAUCUCGUC